AUGCCGUCAGCAGAUUUUUUGACUUGCAUGUCAAGAGACUUUACCAAACUUCUCGACAAUCAAGACGAGUGCAAUGUCACGAUCAAAGUUGGGUUAAGAGGAAAAACUUUUCGUGCACAUUCCAUCAUUCUGCGCGCGAGAUCUCCGUAUUUCCAAAAAGUGUUGAAUAAACGAAAUGCUGACGUUACGUUGAAUAAGUGGCUGAUCAAAUUGCCCAAUCUUUCGCCUGAAGUUUUUGAACUUAUUCUAAGGUACAUAUAUGGUGGAAGCAUCGUAUUUGAAACAGUUGACACGAGAGUUGUUCUUGAUUUUUUGGCGGCGGCUGGUCUACUCCGUCUCGAAGAUUUAUACGACCAUAUUCAAGCCUACCUUCUCGACGAAAAAUCAGAUUGGUUACGCGAUCACAUAGUCACCACAAGUCAAAUCGCCGAGCAAAAUAUCGGUUUCAAAAAACUACGGAAUUUCUGUAAACGAAUCAAAGAGCGGGAGCCGGAUCUCUACUUCAACUGCACGGACUUCACUUUAAUCGAUGAAAAAUCCUUGAUUCGUCUACUGCAACGUGACGAUCUCGGCAUGGAAGAAGCUGAAAUUUGGGAUCGCGUGAUAAAAUGGGGUACCGCGAAUACACCACAACAAGCACGUGUGCGUCGUGCUUCUGGUCCGGACUUGCCAGGAAUUGAAAAAACUCUGCAUAAAUGUAUACCACAUAUCCGAUUUUUUCAUAUAUCAGCCGCGGAUUUUCGUAUGAAAGUCUCUCCGUAUAAAAGUAUUCUACCAGUUACGUUAUAUUCAGAUCUAUUCCAAUUUCAUUCCGAUCCGAAAUACAAACCAGUCACCAAAAUGCUUGAAGCACGUCAUGGCGCCAUCGAAUCCGAAAUUAUUGACAAGAAACAAGCGGCGUUGAUUUCUAGUUGGAUUGAUCGAAGGGAUGGAGCAUAUAUCGAGACAAUGACAGAUGUCAAUCUGCCGAACAUUAAUAGCAGCACUCCUAUCGUCCCAUAUAAAGUAUCCGAAUGUCCAUACGAAUUUCAAUUAAUUCUACGAGGAAGUCAGGCUGGAUUCACAGCGAAAGCAUUUCAUGAACGCUGUGACAACAAAGGACCGACGGUCGUGCUAAUGAAAGUACGUGAUUCUACCGAAAUUCUUGGCGCAUAUAAUCCUCUACACUGGGAAUCCAAUUUAGUAGAUUUAGCCACCACGGAAAGUUUCUUGUUCUCAAUGCGCGAAAAAGAUGAUAACCCUAGGCACGCAAUCCUAUCUCGUGUCAAGUCACCGAAACACGCAAUCGUCUGUGCACCAGACAAUGGACCAACGUUCGGCGCACCAUAUGCAUUGGCGAUGCGAGAUAAUUUCAAUGAUCCGGAUAAAACUGGGUGCUGCGGUGGUACUUCGGCAAGUUAUAAUGUUGCUCUGCGGUCGACGGAAGAGCGUUACUUUUGGGUGGACGAGUAUGAAGUUUUUAAAGUCGUUAGACGGUCCGAGUUUUAUUCGUCGUCGGAAUGUGUUGGCAAAUAA